AUUCGGUGGUGAUUGUUUUACGUGUGUUUAUCGAUUCGCUUAGAACCGUAUUGCGCGUGAAUUGUCGUGUUUAAUUACGAUACGAAACAACGAUGCGAUAAUUGUCUUGUAAAGAAAAACAAUUGUUUAUGCGACUGUCAUCACAGAGCGGCGAGUGAGCGGCUGUUUGAUCAACAGACUGCAGGUAUCGGUCAUCAUCUAAUCACAUACACGGUCAUCUCUCAUCAAUCACUCAAACUGUUUUAUGAUCGUCACAUUUCUCGAACAGGUUUCAUUUUUUCAUCUAGAAGGUUUAUUUGUUGUGAUGGCGAUCCUGUUUGCAGUGGUUGCUCGGGGCUCCACUGUUCUGGCCAAACACACUUAUUUUUCUGGAAACUUUCUGGAGGUGACAGAACAGAUCCUGGCCAAAAUACCAUCUGAAAAUAACAAACUCACGUACUCUCACGGCAGCUAUCUCUUCCACUACAUCUGCCAUGAGAGGAUUGUCUAUUUGUGCAUCACUGAUGAUGAGUUUGAGAGGUCACGGGCAUUUUGCUUCCUGAAUGAGGUGAAAAAAAGAUUUCAGACCACAUAUGGGUCGCGGGCGCAGACUGCUCUGCCUUACGCCAUGAAUAGUGAGUUUUCCAGCAUGCUGGCUGCUCAGAUGAAACAUCACUCAGACCCGAGAGGCUCUGACAGACUGAUAGAAACGCAGAUGCAGGUGGACGACCUGAAAGGCAUAAUGGUCCGGAACAUUGAUCUCGUUGCACAGAGAGGAGAGAAGCUGGAAUUACUCAUCGAUAAAACUGACAACUUGGUGGAUUCUUCUGUCACCUUUAAAACAACAAGCCGUAACUUGGCCCAUGCCAUGUGUAUGAAGAACCUGAAGUUAACCGCCAUCGUCAUAAUAGUCGUGCUGGUUGUGUUGUACGUUAUUGUGACGGCUGCUUGUGGUGGACUCAGCUGGCCCAGCUGUCGUAAGAAAUAGAGGAUCUUUGAUUAACCCUUAGCCUGUAAAAACUCUCAACACCACUAGAACUCUGUCCUCCAGGCCUUCCAAAGCAACUGCAGCAUCUUACAAACUCUGAACUCCUCAAACAGCAGCAUCCUUCAGUGUUCUAAUCAACAUUGUCUGUACAUAUUCUUGUUAAUCAUAUUGUUUUGGUUCUUCAGGUUAGUUUCCCAAAUUUUGUAAUGCAGUUAUACUUUGGGGAGAUAAUGUGUAUACUGUAUAUCAAAGGAAAAGUUCACCCAAAAUUUCUGUCAUCAUUUACUCACCCUCAUGUCUUUCCAAACCAUAUGACUUUUACAGAUUAUUCCAUAAAAUGAUGUUUAGUGAAAUGUUCAUGCUGCUAUUUUACAUACAAUGAAAGUGAGUUGUGAUUUAUACCGACAUGCUCCAAAUAAAACAAAAAGCACCAUAAAAGUAGUCCAUACAUCUUUUGUGUUUUAUUCCAAGUCUUCUGAAGCCACACAAUAGCUUUGUUGUAGGAACAGCCACAAAUUUACUGAAAGUCAUUAUUGACUGAAAAUCGUCUCGUGAAAACUUGGCUGUCAAAUGGUGACAAACCUGGCACAAGGCAUACAAAGGCACUAUUUAUUUUUAUCGAACACAAGUGUACACAAGAUUUGAUGCCUAUGGCACAAGAUGUUCAGUAAAUAACGACUUUAACUUUGUGUGAGGGGAAAAAAUGACAUUUUUUGUAUGACUUUGAAUAUACUGUAGCAAACAAGCUGUAUGGACUACUUGUUUUAAAUUUUCAUGGGGCUUUUUGGAGCUUGACAGUAUAAAUCUCCAUUCCUUUUCAUUGUAUGGAAAAGAACAACAUGAAUAUUCUGUUAAGGUUGUCAAUUUGUGUUCCAUGAAAGAAAGUUAUGAAUCAGGAGUGACAUGAGAGUGGGUAAAUUACAGAAUUUUCCUCCUUUGGUGAAUUAUUCCUAAACAUGCCUGUAACUAUUGAACAAAUGAUUGUUUUCCGAUGUCUGGUUAGAUUGAGAGAAACAAUGUUAUUUCAUGUCUUAAAGCAGAAAAGUGUAAUGGUGAUAUAUAAAUACACACACACACACACACACACACACACACACACACACACACACACACACACUGUCAGCCAAAAGUUUGGAAUAAUGUACAGGUUUUGCUGUUUCAG